UAACGCACUCUGUUGGUCUUUUAUAAUACCACUCACUCUCUCAAACACACAAUGGGAGUAAAGUGGAGGGUACUUUUGUCAUUUGGAAUAUGCUUUUGUUACUCCGUAACUUGUGGUGGAGUGGAGGACACGUCUACAUCAAGAAGCAACUCUUUGAAUGAGACUACCACCACAAAAACAACAUAUUCCACAAACCAUAAUAAAGUUAAAAGCAUUUUGAGCGAAGAUGGAGACGUAAUUGAUUGUGUUGACAUCUACAAACAACCGGCUUUUAACCAUCCGGCUUUAAGGAAUCAUAUUAUCCAGAUGUCACCUACAAAAGUUUUGAAGAGCGAUGAGACUAUGGUGAAAGAAAAGCUUGAUGGUACAAAAAAGAAAGGUACUGCAACGACAACAACAUCACAAAUAUGGCAAAAAAGUGGAAGUUGUCCUAAAGGAACAAUACCUAUACGAAGAAUUCAAAAGAAUGUUAUAAACAAUAAUGGUCAUGUCUAUGGGAGAAAGCAACCUAGUGAACCAAGGUAUCAAGAGACAACAUUGGAGAACACAACAAACUCCUUGGCGAACCAUUCGGUUUCUGAGGUAUAUACAGAGGGAUACAGUUAUUCAGGGGCCAAAGCCGACACGAAAGUAUGGACUCCUUACGUUGAGAAGGAAGAUGAGUAUAGUACCUCUCGUGUCGUUAUCCAAAAUGGUGGUCUUCGUGAUUUUGAACUUGUUGAAACCGGCUGGGCAGUAAAUCCAAGCGUUUACAACGAUCAUGAAACUCGUUUGUAUGUUUAUUGGACGGCUGAUGGUUCAAGAACAACAGGGUGCUUUGACCUCACAUGUCCCGGGUUCGUUCAAGUGAACCAUAAAAUAGCGCUUGGUGCAGCCAUUUACCCCAUCUCUAAGCCUUAUGGUCUUCCCUACCAGAUCAUAGUUCACAUUUAUAAGGACCCGGAAACAAACAACUGGUGGGUGAAUUAUGGGGAGUCUAUCGACAUAGGGUACUGGCCGAGUGAGCUGUUUGUGUUGUUAAAGUACCAAGGGAUCAUGGUCAAGUGGGGUGGCGAGGUCUACAGCUCAAUGGUGAAGGGUAAACAUCCCCACACGGCCACGUAUAUGGGCAACGGUGAAAUGCCCCCGGCAAUGUAUGAUGAGUGCGGGACCAUGGCACGAAUGCGGGUUGAACAAAACUCAGGGCCUUUGAUAAUGCCUGAAUGGACCCAAGUCAAUGUAGAUGAGUAUCGUUGCUACGAUAUAUCAUAUCUUAUAGAUUAUGUUGCUGAUCCUAUAUUUUAUUAUGGUGGCCCGGGUAGAAGCUGGAGAUGCCCAUAGUAUAGUGGAUUGAAUUUGAAUGAAUCAAGUGUUUUGCUAUUCUUAAGACAUUAUAAAGGUCUGCUUAGACUUUAUUCCUUAAUCUUUUUAGUAUAUUUUGAUUGGUGAA